CUGGUGUGCAGAUAGAUUCUUAGAGAAACAGUACAAAUAGACCAGGUUCCUGUGCUCCACCAUCAGCUCUGCUCUAACAGCAUGCAGUGCUCCGGACUCAGCAGCACACUGUUGCUCGCAGCAACGUGUGUACUCAUGACUUCAGGCUUUUUGGCCCCAGGUGGUCCUAUGGGCCCAGGUGGACCUACGGGCCCAGGUGGUCCUAUGGGCCCAGGUGGACCUACGGGCCCAGGUGGACCUACGGGCCCAGGUGGACCUACGGGCCCAGGUGGACCUAUGGGCCAAAGUGGACCUACGGGCCCAGGUGGACCUAUGGGCCCAUUCCCGCCGACCUUCAUGUCCACAGCGAGGGUGAUCACCUGUGACAGCCUUGACAAUGUGCAACGCCUGAGCUGUGAUAAUGGAGUGAUCAUCGUGCAGGCAGCUAUGUACGGGCGGACAGAUGCAGAAAUCUGCAGUGAUGGCAUUCCUGCAGAUCAGCUUGCAAAUACACAGUGUUUCCAGAUAGACACUCUGAAAGACGUCAAGAGCAGGUGUGAUGGCAAGAAGGUGUGUGAAAUAAGUACAAACUCCUUCCGUACUUCUGAUCCGUGCUCCGGCAUUUACAAAUACUUGGACACCACCUACACCUGCUUCCCAGCAAUCCACAGUGUAACUUGUGACGAUUCGCUGGCAAACCUUCAGUGCGGUGAAGGACAGGUUUUACUCAUCCACGGAGCUGAUUACGGGCGCCGUGACUCGACCACAUGCUCUUUGAAUCUUCCAGCCUCUCAGCUCCAAAAUGUCCAAUGCUCAAAGCCCAUAAGCAAUUUAGCUGACAGCUGUAACGGGAAAAGCAACUGUACUGUCAAAGUGAGCAGCUCUGUGUUUGGAGACCCGUGUUUUGGCACCUACAAGUACCUGGAGAUGGCUUAUAGCUGUCACUUUGGUUUUCCAGAUCACUGAAUGGAGGAAAUCGCUAACAUCCAAAUAGCAUCAGCGUCUAUGUUCUCUGAAGAAAAUGUGCGAUGAAUCAAUUAUGAAU